CUAGCUAGAGGGCGAGGGGCAGGCUGCAUGCGCCCGCGCCGCUGCGCACAGCCUACAGCCGCGUGCGCCACUCCUCCACUACCCGUCGGCCUGCGAGCAACAUGACGACGACGCCUCUCAAACUGUUACUCCUCGUGGCGGCGGUGAGCGCGGAGCCCGCCCCGGGCCGCGUGCCGAAGGUUUACAACGCUCUCAUCACCUCCAACCAAAACCUGGAGCCCAGCAAGGCAUACCCCGUGUACCAACCCGUGCUGCACGAGUCCUACUUCCCUUUUCAACCUGCUUUAUUUUAUGGAGACUACCCUCUCGGAAAUGGAAUUCAUAGAGAAUCGGCACAUCCGAAAGAUCCGCAACCUCACAUACCGACGGAGCCCGCCGCCCAAGUACCGCAAGACGUUCCAGCUUCCUCGGACCUGCCUCCGUCGCCUCCGCCCGAACCUUCAGAGAAGCCACAAAGUGAAGCCUCCACCGCACCUCCCCCGCCACCAAACACUGAAUCUCCCAUACCUUUAAACGAGUUCGGUUUGCCUCCACAAGUACUACCUCUGGGACGAAUAGACCCUGCUUAUCAGGGAUUUUCUCAAGUCGGUCCAUUUACCUACACAUAUCCAAGUUUUCGGUUCUACGAUCCCUUUGACCCCUUCAGUUUAAGCCCUUACGCACCUUUACCAUUGUACCGACCUCUGCCUAAUGUUUUGGCGCAGCCUCCUCCGGUACUAAAGACAGACAUUCCGACAGCUACGCCAGCGCAGGCAAAUCCUGAGCCUACAGCUCAAACUCCACCACCAGAACCAAAUGACCUGAAUAUUUUGAACUUCGAAUCAAAGGACCCUGCCAUACCCAACGUGCCACCACCGCCACUUCCUCAAGGAGGGCUAAAGUCUGACAAAUCUGCAUAGUGAUAAUUUUAAUUGUGUGACAAAGAAUAUCAAAUUAAAAUCUUCAGUUGUGUUGUGAAAGGACAGACCUGAGGCAAGCAAAAAAUAGUUCCUGGAGAUUAUUAAUUUAUUGUAAGUACCAAUUAGGUACAUUUAUAUUUUUAUCGUUUUGUAAUUUUCGCAUCGAUGUAUAAUUUAACUCCGCGAAUACAUAAUAUGCUAAUUAGUAAUUAAUUAAAUUAAAUGUGAUUUUAAAAUA